ACAAUUCCAAUAUGGAAAGUGUACAAUAAUAAGAGGAACUGCGCUUCCAGGAUAGAAUCAAUCCAUUGGGAGAUCCAAUCGAUGCACCAUACAUCGAUCAUCUUAAUUCAUGAUAUUCAACUACAAUUUAGUAAAAAAAGAGUACGGGAUACUUCAUGCUGAAUAAAGCCCACAUAUCAUCAGCUUCAUCAACAGAUCAUCGACAUUUAUGCGAUUCGUAUUUAUAGAGUUUCAGGAUGCAGGAGAUUGCUUUCAAUUUGAGCGGCAAAAAUAAUACAAGAGGAUCAUCUUUUAACACUGGAAACAUUUGUUUUUGUUAUUUUUUAUUUUAUUACUACGAUGUAUGCGUCAACAGUCUCUCCUUGUUCCUGAGAAAGGCCAGUUCCAGCACAUUCUUCGUGUUCUUAACACGAACGUGGAGGGCAAGACCAAGAUCAUGUUCGCCAUGACCAACAUUAAAGGUGUUGGUCGUCGUUAUGCCAACUUGGUUUGCAAGAAGGCGGACAUCGACUUGAGGAAGAGAGCUGGUGAGCUCACCAACGAAGAGCUCGAGCGCCUCGUCACCAUUAUGCAGAACCCCACGCAGUACAAGGUUCCUCAGUGGUUCCUCAACAGACAAAAGAACUUUGUCGAUGGCAAGUACACUCAGCUCUUGGCUAACGGUCUUGACAACCAAAUGCGUGAGGACUUGGAGCGCCUCAAGAAGAUCCGUGCCCAUCGUGGUCUUCGUCACUACUGGGGUGUCCGUGUCCGUGGUCAGCACACCAAGACCACCGGUCGUCGCGGUCGUGUCGUUGGUGUCUCCAAGAAGAAGUAAAUCG